GCAAUGGACUCGUCCACUCCCUCCGCUGUCUCCGCCCACGCCGAGUGGUCCCUUCCGCGCCCGGCUGCCCUGCGGCGAAUGGUCUCUUCCCGGAGGGCCAGCGCCCGAGCCUCCCCGCCCACCGUCGGCCUUCCAGAGCUGCAGCGCCGCCGAGAUGAGCGCGGAGAACCCGGCCAGCAGGCCCACGCCGGUGCAGGACGUGCAGGGCGACGGGCGCUGGAUGUCCCUGCACCACAGGUUCGUGGCCGAUAGCAAAGACAAGGAGCCCGAAGUCGUGUUCAUUGGCGACUCCUUGGUCCAGCUAAUGCACCAGUGCGAGAUCUGGAGGGAGCUCUUUUCUCCUCUUCAUGCACUUAACUUUGGCAUUGGAGGGGACAGCACACAGCAUGUACUGUGGCGGCUGGAGAACGGGGAGCUGGAACACAUCCGGCCCAAGAUUGUGGUGGUCUGGGUGGGCACCAACAACCAUGGGCACAUAGCUGAGCAGGUGGCCGCUGGCAUUGAGGCUAUUGUGCAGUUGGUGAAUCAGCGGCAGCCACAGGCCCGGGUCGUUGUGCUGGGCCUGCUUCCAAGGGGCCAGCACCCCAACCCACUUCGUGAGAAGAACCAGCGUGUGAAUGAACUAGUUCGGGCAGCACUGGCUGGCCACCCACGAGCCCAUUUCCUAGAUGCCGAUCCUGGUUUUGUGCACUCCGACGGCACCAUAAGCCACCAUGACAUGUAUGACUACCUGCAUCUGACCCGCCUGGGCUACACACCUGUCUGCCGGGCACUACACUCCCUACUCCUCCGUCUGCUGGCCCAGGACCAGGGCCAGGGCGGCCCCCCACCUGAGCCCGUACCCUAAGUAUCUCUGCAACAUUAAAUUCUUCCUUCAGUC